AAUUUGAGUUUUAAGCUGCCGUUUAAAACAACAUAAAUCAGGUAAUAAUUUCCUCAUCGAAGAUGCAAUCGGAAAACCUAUGCAGUAUCGACAUACACCCGGUGAGCGAGAGUGACGGGAUAAGCAAAUGUUUGGAAAUUGAGAUACUCGAGGACCUAGACAGCAUGACGUCCUUUGAUGAAAUGUUCGAAGAGGAUAUUGUAUCGCCAGUCUACGCCAGCACUCCGUCGCCUGUCUACGCCAGCACUCCAUCGCCUGUCUACGCCCGCACUCCAUCGCCUUCUGUGUUCACGCCAGUAAGCUACAGCUCAGACGAAGACAUACUUCAUCCUCCGCAUGUGCUUCCCGCCACCAUCGAAGCAACGGCCAACACGAAAACACAGACCGAGGAACGGUGCACGACAACAAUAUCCCAGCCAAAGCGCAGCCGAGCGCUAGCUAAGGCCAAAAAAAUUUCCACAAAUCGCGUGGUUAACAUUCUCCCGAAACCUGGUCCUGCUCUUGCUACUGCUCCAGCUCCAGUCUGUCCGCCAACAGCACCAACUUGUGCUACGUUUCCCGUGCUAAUCAUUCCCCCCCUUAUGGCACAAAAAACCGGGUCCCCAGUGAUCUUAGGACAGCCAAUUGGUUGGGGUCCGCUGCUUAUGAACCAAACGCUGCAAAAACCACAAGACACGCCGCAGGCAAUGGUUCCAACACUGAAGAAGAGAAGUAGGAAGAAGAAUGCCAGUCAAGUGGAGUUGAGCAGUGAGGAUCUGGAGAGACAGGAACGAAGUAACGCUGCGGCCAAACGGCACAGGAUUCGUUUGAAGGAGAGCCAAGAAAAGCAACAUCAGCGGAAUAUUGAACUUGAGGCAGAAAAUUUACGCCUCAGGACCGAGCUUGCAGCAUUGAAAAAGGCACAUUGCAACUGCUCCGUCACCGUGCCACAGGAACAAACCACUACGCAGACGUUGGACGAAAACGAUGGUGCGACCGUGAUGGAUGUUGAUCAAGCAUCACCGGUUGCAUUGGCCGCGCCGCAGAUGCGCCUUUUUCAUGUAACGCCUAAAAUGAACUUCGCUGCGGCGCCUGUAACAACAACCACAGCAACGACCAUUCAAAGGUUGGAAACCGGCGGGAAACAGAUUAGACUGAUCGUGGGUAACCCGAACACGAAGAGAGAUGAUCAAAAACCACCGGUUGUAUUGUCUGCAAAUCAGGUGCGCCUUAUUCCAGCAACGCCUGAAAUGAGACUCGCUACGUCGCAAGGACAAACUGCCAUUGAAACGCAGGAAACGGGCGGGAAACAGGUUAGACUGAUCGUUGGUGGCCAGAAUAUGGCGAAAAUUGCGCCAAAACCACCGAUUGCAUUAUCCACGGCACCAGUGCGCCUUAUCCCUGUGACGCCUGAAAUGAAGGUCACCGGCUCAACGCUACAAACCAUCCUCCAAACCCACGGAACCGUAACGGGCGGGACCCAACCAACCAGCAACAACCAACUCGUCGUCGAUGGCCUGAGCUUAAAAAGAGCUGUUGAACAACCACCGGUAGCAUUGUCCGCUCCGCAAGUGUGCCGUAUUGCGCCACGUAUAGUGAAUAGUCAAGUGACGAAGAAAAAUCCUAUCUUCGUAGUGAUUAGCCCAGGCGUAAAACCGCCCGUUCCGAGUGCUGCACGAGCUGAAAGUAAUGUUGAAAUUAAGAGCGUCUUCUGAACAGUCUUCACAGUCUGCAGCAUUCACACGAUCUGAUAACUAUAUCUGCCUGCGGAAAGAGGAAAUAAAACAAUGAACUAU